AUGUCAAACAACACUUCGGUCUCCCACGACAGCAGUUACGUGAUCCACUGUCCAGGCAUUUUCUAUGACAUUUACAUGUCCACUGCAAUCUUCAUCACUCGGGCCCUCCUCCUCUAUCCUCUCUGCAUCUUCGUCCUCCACCUGGGUUAUCGACAAUGGCGGCAGCAGCGCUCCUUUGCAACAACCAGCCACUCGGAUAUCUUCACCUACCACAUGGUCGGUCUAGAGAUGAUCUUUGCACUGGGGUGGAUAAUUUACCUCUCUGGUGAAUUCAACUCCUACUGGAAUUUGACAGUAGCAGGGUUUCAUCUGACCUCCAUUGUCAUACCUGGACAGAUCGGCUUUCACGUGCUGACCUGUGUGGAGAGAUACCUAGCUGUUGUCCACCCGGUCUUGUACCUGAAGCUAAAACAGCCCAGUGCGAUCAGAAUCAGGAACAUCAUCUCUCUGUGGGUUUGGUUCUUCUCAAGCCUCUGGAGUGGACUGAUGGUUUUGUGGAGUGGGACCAUAUUACAAGAGUUGUAUUUAUUUUUUACGGCCUGUGCUUUAGUUAUUGUCUCCUUUUGCAGCGUUAGUGUUCUCUGUGUUCUGAUUCGUCCAGGGCCUGGAAAAGUGGGCAGGAACAUAG